AUGUACGGAAUAAACUCUAGCCACAAUUACAGCGAUGUACAGCUGUGGCGCAUGCAGGCCUACAGCGUGGCGGUGCCUGUAUUUAUUGGAAUCUGCUUCCUGGUCAUGAUCAGCAACAUGGCAGUGCUGUUGGCUCUUCGAUUCAUCAAGAUUAGGAUGACUUCCACUUUGCGGCUCACUAUCAGCUUGGUGAUAUCUGACGUGUGGACAUCGGUUGUCGUUGCCUUUAGCAUGGUCUACAACAGUUACCUGACCGUAGUCUGUCACCUGCCGGUGAGCCCUUGCGUUGCGCUUACAUUCGAAGCCAUUCGUACCGGCGGCUUGUUGACCGGCUGUCUUCAUUUGCUGGCGAUUGCUGCCAAUCAUCACAUCGUGAUCGUGUGCCCGCUUGUGCAUCACAAAAUAUUCAGUCCGUGUAAAACCGUGGCCGUCAUAGUUCUACUGUGGGUCGUUCCCCCACUGGCACUGCUGACGUACUUUGCGUCGGUGAAAAAUCAAGGUUAUCAGUCGCCGGAUGGCAAAUGUUUCAAGGUAGCCUUCUUCCAUCAGCUCAAGUUCAGACUAGCCAUGUUCGUGGUCAUAUUUUCGUUCAUGCUCAUCAUGUCCGGUCUGUACGCGUCCGUCUUGUACAUUCAGAAGAAACGUUACCGGCGACUAUCGACUGAUCUGCUGAAUCAGCAGAUCUAUCGCAAACGAAAAACGCUCUUCACGACCAUCAUCAUCUGUGGUACGUUCAUCGUUGGAUGGAUGCCGACCAGCUUGAUUUUCCUUCUCACUUGUGCCACCUGUCCGAUGGCCUACUAUCAAAUGUCCGCAUACACGGAUGUUUUCGCUUUGAGCGUUUUCGCCAACCUCUGCAUCUUGUCGAAAAGCCUCAUCAAUCCUAUAGUGUACGUGGUUCGCAUUCCGGAAAUCAAAAAUGCCAUUUUUCAAAAGUCCGACAGGCGAUGGGCGGAAAUGAGGCAGCGGUCUGGUGUUUUGGCUAGCAACAAGUUUGCAGCCAGUUCCUUGGCCCGGAAACCGAUGAACGCGGCCGAUCGAAGUCGGUCUUCGCCGAUGCCCCUCAAGCAGAACAAACAGCAAUGUGUCUCGAUGAAGAUGCCAGUCACUGAAGAUCAGACGCAUAACUGA